AUGCAAACAGACCACGUUAAUACUGUUAUUAUUUCAUGUGAUAAUAAUGAAGAUAAAACGAUUUAUAAUGAUAUAAUCAAAUUACCUAAAACUCUUUAUCAAGAAUAUGAAAAUCUUUGUAAGGAAAGAAAGAAACAAUAUUACUGUUUAUUAAAAACAAUUUCACAGAAACAUUUCAUUGGAGUUGUAGGAGGAGUGUCUACAGAUGAUACGGUUCAGAUAGAAUGUGAAGGAUUUGAUGCAAUAGAAGGAGGGGAUUUUACAAGGAUUUCAUUGUGUUUAUAG